GUCUUUUACUAGAGAAGAUGCAGAAAAGAUGUUAGAUGCAGGUAACUCCUUUGUGAAAAUUGGAUUAACUGUUCUUAUUGAAAAGUCUUUAAUUGAAAGUUGUGAAAACAACGAGCUCUGGAUGCAUGAUUUACUGCGGCAAGUGGGUCAGACAAUUGUUCGUGACGAACACAGAGAACCUGGUAAACGUAGUCGAUUGUGGGAUGUUAAAGAUGUUUGCCAUGUCUUGGAAAGAAAUACGGGUACCGCAGCAGUUGAAGGCAUCUCAUUCAACAUGUCUAAAAUUAGUAAAGAUAUAAAAGUGUGCCAUGCAGCCUUCUCAGAGAUGUAUAAUCUACGAAUUCUCAAAAUUUAUUGUGACAAGAAGUUCAAACUGUCUUGGUUAUACCCUUUAAAAUCUUUGCCAUCAAUGUUUUCUCCUGAAAAUCUUGUUGAACUGAUACUACGUGGCAGCCAUAUACAAAAACUUUGGAAUCAUCAUGAAGUUAAGUCUGUUCCAACAUUAAGGAGGAUCGAUCUUAGCUAUUCCAAGUUCCUUACUCAAAUAUCAAAUCUGUCUCUGGCUCCGAGUCUGAGUAUAAAUCUUGAAGGCUGUAAAAGCCUGGUUCAGGUGCUUUCAUCUCUUCAAAAUCUUGAGAAGCUUACUUAUCUAAAUUUGAAUGGCUGCUCCAAACACAGAGAUCUUGAUGAUAAAUCAAAAAGAGCAGAGGGGUACUUGGAUGUUGCAAGGUUAGGAGGCAUUAAGAAUCUUUGGAAGAAUUUCACAUAUCUCAAAAGUUGCAUCCAAAAUUUUACAGGCAAUUUAUGUCUCUACUCAUCUCAGGGUCACAUUUCCCAAAAGUUUGCACCCAAUUUAAGAUGUUUACUUUUACGUCAGACAGCUAUAGAGACACUGCCACCAUCAAUUGGGGAUCUCUCGGGUCUCGUGCAACUAGAUUUGUUUUCUUGCAGAAACUUUAAAAGUCUUCCAUCAAGCAUUUGUCAUUUGAAAUCUCUUGAAUCAUUAAAUCUAUGUGCUUGUGAGAAACUGAAAAAGUUUCCCAAAAUCUUGAAGCCCAUGAAACGCUUAAGUUAUCUUAAGUUAUCUUACUCAGGGAUUAAAGAUUUGUCAGAGUCCGUUGUAAAUCUAGUAUCCCUCAGAUAUUUAGAGACAUGUGGUUGCAAGGAUCUUGAGUUUCUUCCCAACUAUCUAUGUACUUUAAGGAACCUUAAGAGGAUAACGCUUUCCUACUGUUCAAAAAAUAAAAAAUUGCCUUCCCUUCCACAAUCUUUGCACGAGUUGUGUGUGGAUAAUUGUGAGAGAUUGAAAUAUUUACCGGAGCUUCCAUCGCUUUGUAAGAAUUUGUCUGCAAGUGGCUGCACGUCACUGGAGAACAUUUCAACCUGGAGUGCCGCCCCACUAUUGGACCAUCUGUCCGAUAUCUAUGUUUAUACUGAUUCUAUUGAUUUUUACGGAUGUGAAAAAUGGGAUCAGAAUACACACAACACCAUGAUAGCUGAUCGUGCAGUAAUUCAAAUUCUGGCUCGUAUAAAAGUUGCAUGGACCAUCGACGAUGGUAGUCUUUACAAAUAUCAUAAUUGUACUAAGUACGACAUGUUUAACAAGUCUAGUUCAGAUCACGUGCUCAUAUGGUAUGUAAAAAGACAGUCUUCGAAAUAUUGCCAAGGAUUGGAUGGACUAGAUUGGCCCACUACUUGUAGUACUGAGGCCUCUUUCCAUGUCUGUCUUGAUUAUUAUGAUUGGGUCUCGAAGCUCAGCAACGUAGGAAGUGAGUAUGGCGAGAUUAAGAAGUUUGGGGUUCGGUUUGUAUACAAACAAGACAUGGAGAGAUGUGAUGCAGAAACUGAAUGA